AUUUCUUUGUUGAAGAUUGAUAUACUUGCCAGCUCUUUGGGCACCUAUUAUACGACCUUUUAAUAAUGUAUCUCUGUAGUCUAUAUUAUACAGUAGGGCAUCUCUCGUGGUUAAUAUGUUGUGAAUAUGACUCUUCAUCAUAAAUCUUUGCAUUGUGAGACUUGAGUAUCUUAAAACAUGUUGCAAGGCCAAAAUGUGAAUAGCCUAGUUACUAAAAGUAUCAGUCUGCUCUAUAAAAUUAUUACUAUCCUAAAUCAGAUGCUCAGUGUACAUCUAAAACUGUACUGUUGUGUCACGUCGUGAGCAGCCAUAGGCUGAAACAUCUGGGGAAGUAGUCAAAACAAUGAGCAGCCUAGGCAGUUGUUUUUUUGUUGGCGGCAGGAACUCGCUCUGAGAAGAGACACAUUGGAGGUUAUUCACUAAACAGGAUGCAUCAGUUUGAGUCCUGUUCUGAUACUUGAAAGGCCUACGAACAAUUCUUUCUCCAUUCUCUGAGAUGAACUGAAUAUUUUCUCCUCAAAGCGAGUAGUAUUGUAUCAUUAAUGAUACUGACGGGAUGAUGCGCGUACUGAUUGUGAUGUUGUCCUGUUUUGUCGCUGGCGGGACCGAUCGAGUGAGCACAACGUGCACAGCUGAGGCUUGCCUUACGUUGCAUUUGGAGGAGAAACGUAAUGAAAAAGCUUCAGACGACUGUAUCAAUAACGGCGGCAAUUUGGUUACUAUGAGAAAUGAAAAUGAACUUCAGAGCAUCAAAUCGGCUCUUUUAGCAGCAGAAGAAUUCGACAUUAACUCUAAACUUUGGAUCGGACUUGAGUUGCAGAAAACACAUUGCACCGAUUUCACUGAGGAGUUGCACGGUUUCAGAUGGACUUCAGAGCCGGCAGAUUCCAAAUAUUCCAACUGGAAAAAGAAACCUUUGAGCACAUGCACGGAAAACAGGUGUGUGUCCAUUUCACUGGCAGAUGGUCUCAAGUGGUCAGAUGGCUCAUGUAGAGACAGCGCAUUUUAUAUGUGUAAAUUUCUUUUCAAAGGCAUGUGCAAACCAAUAGUGUGGGAGAAUCCAGGCGAUGUCAAAUACAUCGUUCCGUUCUUAUAUAAACCACUAACUCCAAAUGAAAGGCUGGCGAUGUUACCACACGGGACAUUGGCUGUAAUACAGUGCGGCGGGUCGGAAUAUGCAGAAUCAGUUUGUAACAACAUAAACGGUCUUUUUGAAUGGACAGAUUUUGAGAGUUUUUGCGCACGAAAUAAAAGCUGCAAACGUAAAAACGGAGGCUGUGAUCACCGUUGUUUUGAGACUGCUGGAGCAGGUGUUCGUUGUGAAUGUAACGAAAGUUAUUACCUGAUGGAUGAUCAAGUGAGUUGUGUUCUCAGAAAUAACUGCGAAAAUUCACCUUGCAAAUCAAAGUGUAUACCGACUGCCUCUGGCUUUUCAUGCGCAUGCGCGGAGGGAUUUAAUUUGGCCGAUGACAGCGUCAGUUGCGUCGAUAUCGAUGAAUGUCAGCAACGUACCUGUGGUGAACACAGGUGUCACAACACGCCGGGAAGCUAUUCUUGUGAGUGUAAACCCGGCUUCAGGCUUGUCGCUGGCAAAUGUGAAGAUGUGGACGAAUGCACCGAACUCAGAUGUCAACAGGGCUGUCUCAAUUCGCAGGGUUCAUUCUCUUGUUACUGCCACGCAGGUUACAGUUCAUCAUUAAACGAUAGCAGCAUAUGUAUAGAUAUCGAUGAAUGUAUCAGAAGACCGUGUGAAGACAUCUGCCUCAAUACCUUGGGUAGUUUUAAAUGUUCCUGUAGGGAAAACUUCAUUUUGGCUGAAAAUGGCAUCAGCUGCGUCCCGGAUCCCACGGAGAAACCACAAAGCACUCCAUCUUCAGAUCAUAGAGAAGAGUUCAUCACUAAACUGAGUCAGUUACCUGCCACUUUUGGACCGACAAGAGUCAACCCCCCUCCACUUACAAACACUAAAACAGACUCUAGUAAACGUAAAGAAAGUUUUCUCGGAAGUUCUUGGAUUUUGGCGUGUGUCUUAGGUUCAGUUAUCCCAUUGACUGUGGUCAUUGCGGUAUUGUCAGUCUUUGUCGUCUACCGAUGGAAACGUUCAAGAAAAGCCGCUUUAAAAAAUGCCACUGCUGACAACUACUGCUGGGUUUCAUCUGGAUUGGACAAUGAACCGAAAAAAAAAAUGCAACAUUCAACUGAAUGAUUAGGCUAAAUGAAGCCCAAAUAUAAGUGUUCAUAUUCUGUCAGCAUCAAAUUCAAAGGUUCAUUUACUCUAAUGCUGUUUUUUCCUGUUGCCACACUGUAAAUGUUGGACAAAUUAGUGAAAAUAAUAAAACCCCAUUUGGAUACAAAGUUUAAUUCAAGUUGUAGGAUAUAGGUGUUUAUGUUGUCGUUUUUUACCAUCUACCAUUUCUGUCUUGUACCUGUUUGCUGUUAAAUUAAUUGCGUUUCAUAAUUAUUUUGCUGAUUGUGUCAAGAUGGGCCCAUGUCACAUUAUCAGAAAAGGGCAACGUUUGUAUAGUGAACUUUGUAUUUCUUUCCGUAAUGGAAUAAUGAUGGAAUGUUACAGUCUGUAGUAGCCACGAAAUGCAAGGUACAUAGAAAGAAACUUUAAAAAAUCAACAUUUUCUAAUAUAGCCUAUAUGCCUAUUCAAUAUAGCCCACUCUCCCCUUUAAAUGAACUAUAAGUUACAGUCUGUGACACAGCUUUAGACCUGUUCACAAACUUCACUAAAGGUAAUCUUAUUUUUAAGUUUUUUUUUUUCUUUUUGAUCCACGAUAUGUACUAUUGUUGUAAAAAUAAAAAAUAAAUCUCUGUACAUUUUGGUAGAAUAAAUAAAGCUUCACUGAACUA